ACCAUGCUAAUUAACAAAGGGAGUAAUUCAUCUCAGCAGAUCUAUUACAUUAAGCAAUGGCUCAUGCAGGUAACUCUUUGAGGUCUACUUUGGUGACGCUCUUCAUAUUUGCAAUCAUCUUAUCUCCAAUGGCAACGUCUGAUGCAGCUCGAUUGACUCAAAGAGCUUCAGGACCCAUUUGCCCUGCUUGUGUAUGUUGCACACCUCCCCCACUGGGCUCUUGUUGCAAGUGUUGCGCUACUCCUUCGCCUAUCGCCAAGGCUGAGAAUGGGUCUCCAUGAGCCUAGCUACUCAAACUUUCUGAUUCUACCUUUAUUGUAUGAAUAAAAGGAAUCUCUACACUUCCCUUUAGACCAAAUCCACCUGUUUAAAUAUAUAAUGUACGUCAUUUUUCUUCUUCACAUAUAUUAACAAAGAUGACUUAAUUAAAUAUAUAAUUAAUGUA